AUGGAUGUAACCAUUUCCGAACUCUUGGAGCUCUUUCUGCAGAGCCCCUUGGUGACCUGGGUGAAGACGUUUGGACCAUUAGGAAAUGAAAACGGGGAGAAACUCGCAAUGUACAUGGAUCUAGUAGAUGGAGUCUUCCUGAACAAGAUAAUGUUGCAAGUAGAUCCACGGCCAACAAACCAACGUGUCAACAAGCAUGUCGACAAUGACGUCAACCUCCGGAUUCAAAACCUCACCAUCUUGGUCCGAAACAUCAAGACCUAUUAUCAGGAGGUCCUCCAGCAGCUGAUCAUUAUGAGUUUGCCGAACGUUUUAACAAUUGGCAAAGAUCCUCUGUCUGGUAAAAGUAUGGAUGAAAUUAAAAAGCUGCUGUUGCUGGUGUUGGGCUGUGCAGUGCAGUGUGAAAGAAAAGAAGAAUUCAUUGAAAGGAUAAAGCAGUUAGAUAUUGACACUCAGGCUGCGAUUGUUUCACACAUUCAAGAGGUGACGCAUAAUCAGGAGAAUGUAUUUGACUUGCAAUGGCUAGAGCUGCCAGAUAUGGCACCAGAAGAGCUAGAAUCUCUCUCCAGAAAUAUGGUUUUCCACCUUAAGAGGUUGAUUGAUGAGAGGGAUGAAUGCACUGAGCUAAUCGUAGAUCUCACUCAGGAGAGAGAUUAUCUACAGUCCCAACGGCCUCCGAGUCCACUAAAAACAUCCAGCCCAGCCUCUCCCCCAAACCCGGUCAGCCGCCUCUCCAAUGAGGACAAACAACAUCUGUCUGUGGAGCUUGCAGACACAAAAGCGAAACUAAGAAGGGUCAGGCAGGAGCUGGAGGAGAAAUCAGAGCAGCUUGUUGACACAAGAAAUGAAGUAGAUCAGCUAGUCCUGGAACUUCAGAAAAUAAAGCAGGAGAACAUUAACCUCAUGGCAGAUGCCCGUUCUGCUCGGGCCUACAGAGAUGAACUGGAUUCCUUAAGAGAAAAAUCGAACAGAGUUGAGCGGCUUGAAAUGGAGCUGGUUCGGUGUAAAGAGAAACUGCAUGAUGUGGAUUUCUACAAAGCACGGAUGGAGGAGCUUAGAGAAGACAACAUCAUAUUAAUUGAAACUAAGACAAUGCUAGAAGAGCAGUUGAUGAUGGCGAGAGCUCGUGGUGACAAACUGCAUGAAGUCGAAAAGGAAAACCUACAGCUGAAAUCCAAACUUCACGACAUAGAACUGGACAGGGAUACGGACAAAAAGAGAAUUGAAGAGCUUCUGGAAGAGAAUAUGGUGUUGGAGAUAGCACAGAAGCAGAGCAUGAAUGAGUCUGUCCAUCUGGGCAGGGAACUGGAGCAGCUGUCAAAGUGCACAGACCUGUCAGACAGUUCAAGGAAAUCUUUUGUAUACGAAUUGAAUGAAUGUGCGUCAAGUCGUAUCUUGAAGCUUGAAAAGGACAACCAGAGCUUGCAAAAUAUCAUCCAAGAGCUCCGGGAUGCAUCUGUUAGCACCGAAGAGAGUAACCUUAAGUUUGUUGAGCUGCAAAAGGAGAACCAACAGCUUGGCCAAAAGAUUGAGAAGUUACAAAACCAGAUUGAAAGAGAGAAGCAAAGCAAUCAAGACUUGGAGACAUUGAGUGAAGAGCUUCUAAAAGAGAAGGAGGAGCUUCAGGGCAUAAUGGAGACCUUAAAGGCCGAUAAAGAGAGACAGAUAAAAGACCUAGAAAAAGAAACCCAUCAUCUCAAUCAACUGGUUUUAUCGCUAAGGCAGAGGUCACAAAUCAGCAGUGAGGCCAGAGUGAAAGACAUUGAAAUGGAAAACAGAAUACUCCAUGAAACGGUGACCCAGAGUAGUAGCAAGCUUAGCAAGCUGGAGUUUGAGAAGAAACAACUGCAGAAGGACUUUGAGCAGGUUAAAGAGAAGGUGGAAAGAGUAGAAGAAAUGGACAAGGAGCUUCAUCGGCUGGAAAGGGAGAAUGAGCAGCUCACCAAGAAAGUUGUGGCCAUGAAGGUCACUAUAGACAAAAUGGAGGUUCUUGAGCAAGAGAACAGGGGUCUGGAAAUGGAGAACAGGAAGCUGAAGAAAUCACUAGAUACUUUGCACAAUGUUACAGUCAGACUGGAGAGCUUGGAAAAGGACAACAAGGAAUUAGAUGAAGAGAACUUGGAACUCAGGAGGAUGGUGGAGACAAUGAGGUUCACCAGCACAAAAAUGGCUCAGAUAGAGACAGAAAACAAAGAACUGGAGAGGGAAAAAGAGGAACUUGGAAAAAAUGUGGAAAUGUUAAAGAUGCUGGUCAAGAAAUCUGACAGGUUAGAGCUGAGUUACCAGAGUGUCAGUGCUGAGAACCAAAGACUUCAGCAGAUCCUGGAGAACAGCAGCAAGAAAAUCCAAGAGUUGGAGAAGGAACUCCAGGGCACCGAAGGUGAAAACCAGACUCUCAGUAAAAGAUUAGAAGAGCUAAAGGUUUCAAAUAAGCAUCUGGAGUGGUUGGAAAAUGAAAAGAAACAGCUUGAGCAAGAAGUGUCCCAGCUGGACAAGGACAAGAAGAUGCUGGAGAAGGAGACAAAAAGGCUUUGGCAGCAGGUGGAACUAAAAGAUGCCAGUUUAGAUGACAACACUGCAAGGUUGGCAGCUCUGGAGAAGGAAAACAGAACACUAGAAAAAGACCUUACUAGGUUCAGAGACUCGUCCAGUAAGAUGAAAGAAUUUGAGAAAGACAAUAAAGACCUCCUAAAGCAAGUUACCAUUGAUAAGAGAACACUGGCUACAUUGAGAGAGGAUUUGGUUCUUGAGAAAUUAAAGAGCCAGAGAUUAUCCAGUGAGCUGGACAAGCUUGGCCAGGAGCUAGAGAAGAUUGGAUUGAACAAGGAGUUGCUGCUACAGGAUGACAAUGGCAACAAUGACAAGAAAUACAAGAUCCUGGAAAUAAAGACUGAAUGUGCAAUAAAGACAACACUAGCCAAUAAAGAAGAGAAAAUUGCUUUGUUGGAGGCCCAAGUGCAAGAGUUUCUUAACUUAAAUCAGCACCUACAGAAUGAACUAAAUACGGUAAGGAAGGACUUUGAAGGUCUGAAGCAGAGUAGAAAGGAUGAAAUGCAUGUGCUGAAUUCAUUGCCCUCAGAGAACGUUUCUAGUCAUCAGGCAAGAGAAAAGUCAGAAUUGCUUCACAAGGAAGCAACUAUGGAACUUCUGAAAGUGAAGGACCGAGCUAUAGAGCUGGAAAGAAGUAACGCAGCCUUGCACACAGAGAAGAAGCUUCUCAAGGAACAAUUAAGACAUGUGGAAACCCAGAAUACCUCCUUCAGCAAUCAGAUCCUUACACUACAGAAGCAAAACGUCUUUCUUCAAGAACACAACACUGCAAUGCAAACGCAAACCGCCAAACUCCAGGUAGAGAAUUCAACGCUAAAUUCCCAGAGUGCCUCCUUGAUGGCCCAGAACACACUCCUCCAAAACCAGCAGCUGGCCAAAGAGAAUGAAUGCGACAGCCUCCUGAAGCAGAAAGAGCAGCUAAAGGCGGAGUAUGAGUCUCUGCUUCAGGACCACGAGCACCUGGCCUCGCUUCACGAGCGGCAGUCGACAGAAUACGAAAUGCUGAUCAACCAGCACAGCUGCCUCAAAACUCUCCACAAAAAUCUUGACCUGGAGCACAAAGAUCUGGCUGAAAGGUACAAUAGUUUAGUGCAAUACAAAGCUGAAUUAGAGGAGCUGGAAGCUGUGUUGAAAGCAGAAAAGGAGGCUCUACAGCAAGAAAAGAGUUCAAACACAGUAGCAGCUGCAGAGAACCAGAAGCUGAGAGAGGAGCUAGAAAGGGUGAAUUUCUUACACAACCAGCUCAAGGCAGAGUAUGAAGGGCUUCAUCUCCACACAAAGGAGUUGAAAACUUCCUUGAAUAAUUCCCAACUAGAGCUGAACCGCUGGCAAGCUCGCUAUGACGAGUUGAAGGAACAACACCAGACCAUGGACAUCUCCCUGACCAAAUUGGACAACCAUUGUGAGCUCCUUGCUCGACUGAAAGGAAACUUAGAAGAAGAGAAUCAUCAUCUCUUGAGUCAGAUCCAGAUGCUGAGCCAGCAGAACCAGAUGUUGUUGGAGCAGAACAUGGAGAACAAGGAACAGUAUCAUGAGGAGCAGAAGCAAUAUAUCGAUAAACUAAAUGCCUUAAGGAGAAACAAAGAAAAACUGGAAGAGAAAAUCAUGGAUCAAUAUAAGUUUUAUGACCCAGCUCCAAAAAAGAAGAACCACUGGAUAGGAGCUAAAGCCUUGGUUAAAUUCAUAAAGCCAAAGAAAGAAGUGACAAGAGAACGGUUGAAAUCUUCGGCAGAGAGCCCGCCGCCGUGGCAUUUGGAAAGUGCAGAGACAGCAGGAUCUCCGCCUCCCUCCCAGUGGCCCAAGCAGCAAGAGACUCUGGAUAGCACUUCUAUAGGUUCAAACUCUGCGGAAGGCAGGGAACAGAAUAAUGGGUCUGCAGGCAAAGUGGAUUCAAAGCAGAAGAGAGUUUCUCAUUACGGAAGCAGCAGCGACUACACUGAAAAUGCUCUCAGGCACUGCUAUGUGGAGCCAAGUUCCAGGAUUCACUCCGCGUCAACCACCUUUUUGGCCACUUCUACUCCUACCUCUAGAGCACAAACCAGACCCAAAGGCUACAAUUCAGAUGGCGAUCUGUGUAAAAACUUCCCAGAGGCAGAAUUUUCAAACAAACAGCACACAUCCAAGCCAAAUAGCUUAGAAAACAGUGAAAAUGCAUCCACCAGUAGCUCCCCUCUAAACCUGAAAGGUUCUUUCGACCGUAUUCGUGGAAGAUCAGAGAGCCUCAGUGGCGAUGACAUGGGGCAGAGUAAAGACAUGACCGGUUUGUGUAGAGAUGGGCUUUUUAGUCCUAACUCUUUGGCUGUUGCGGCCUCUAACACUAAGCACAGGAGUGGCUUGUUCUCCAGUGACGGACCUCAGAGAAAUGUCCACACACAGCCUGUUAAGCACCGAUCUGCCUCUCCAGGGAGUGAGAUGGUAACUCUGGAAGAAUUCCUGGAAGAAAGCAACCGGCUAUCACCACUAAACGACAUGUCAAGCAGAGAUGACUUGCUGAGUGACUAUUUCAGAAAAGCGAGUGAACCUUCCUCUACUGGCAAUCAGCUCUCUCAGGCAAAGAGGAAGGAGGCCACCAAGAUGCCUACCAGCUACGUCACUCCCACUGUCAAGAUGCCGGUUGCUAAUGAAGAUGGAAGGCUCCCCAAACCAGGGCAUUACGUCAAACCAAGCCCUAGACUGGCUGAAUCUGAGCUUCUGGCCAACUCAGCAGGUUCCCACAAACUGACCCAUGCAUCUCAAAAUCAACCCAGCAAGGGGAUAAGGCAGACGGCACAGCCCCUGCAACCCAGUACCACAAGCAGGCAGAGCACAUCGCUGAAUCGAGCUUUCAGCCUAGCUUCAGCAGACCUCCUCAAAGCCACUGGUCCAGAGACAUACAGGCGCUACGAGAGCCUUCCAAAGUCUGUGGCUGCAGACUCCCGGACAGGCAAGGACGUAAACAGCCAGACUCUGCCACUCCCUUCACCUGCCAGCUCUCAGGUCCCCCUCAGAGAGAGGCCACAGUCUGCGAAGCUGGGGGGCUCUUUGCAGGGUGUCGAUGCACGCUGCCGACAGCUUGAUGUUCGACGCCUCUCACUGGCUCCUCCAAAAGAUGAGAGGCCGCUCCCGUUCCCCCCAUUUUCUGGCUCUCCUGCUACUUCCAAUGAUGAUCUAACCUGUCAGUCGCUCGAGCAGGCAAACGCAGGAUUGGAGCAGCACCGUCUUUCCCCUCAUGCUACUUCAAAAAUCAAACCCAAGUCGACUGCUCGGUCGGGGGAAGUAGCCACCGUAACUCCUGUCAGAGUUGUCUCCAGCAGCGCUGAGGGGAACGUCUCCCCAGCACUAACCCCAAGUGACACCCCCAUUACCAAAUGCCAGAGCCGAUCUCCAGAAAAUAAAACUCUGUCAGGAAGUACUGAAGAAGCAAGCAGAGCGGCUGUCUCCAAGAACCCAUCAGCGUCACCAGAUCCCCAUAGUGACCAGCAGACUGUUUGGUAUGAAUACGGCUGUGUCUGAGGCCUCCUCUCUUCCCCUACUGACUCAGCUGCAAUUCCCUGAAAGGGGUAUAAUAUUUGCAUUACUACUGAAAACUGGGUGGCUGCUGUUGUCUCGGCUGCCUUGGAUUUGCUAAAGCUGUGUUCGAACAAAUACAUUGGCAUGCCUGAGGUGAAAGACUGAAUUGCCAAAUAUGGUUGCUCUUACGCUCAGAAGGUCCCGUGAACAGCUAGGAUACGCACACUUCUCCCCACCUCCCACUUGAAAGCCAGGCAGUUAAGCCAAACUCUCAAAACAUCGUGGGCCGCAGACCACAUAUCUUCCUUGUAUCUCCUCCCCUGUUGUCAAUAAAU